AUGGAUUCUGCGACCGACAAGGAAUGGGCAUCCAAGUAUCUUCUUGACCCUUUGAACGCGCCCGAGCCGUCACAGGAGGAUGGUCCUGGGAACACCUUCCGUCCAGGUGCCAGUGUUCCUCCGGUUCAGGCCUCGCCACCAUCAAGACACACAUCUGGUCGACGGCUCUCGAAGAAUCCCUACCGCAAAGGCUCUCUAUCUACAACGACCACGACGGAGAUCAGACGAAGCGCUUCCCUACACAGUCCCAGCAAUAGCAACAGCAACAUCAAUGGUCGUGGGAGCUUGAACGCCUCUCCUGCGUCUUCAACCGCUUCCCCAAUCUUGAGGCAAUCUCCACAUUCGCCUCGGUCUCCCAGUCACAGGCAAGAAGCUUUCGGCAACGACAACAAGCCUACUGGAACUGGACGCCGCAGGGGAAGCUCCUUAUCCGAGCGGUAUCCUGGCGACAUGUCACAUCGGCCAUUGGAUCAACUGGCGAAAGAAAAGGCUGCGGCAGACCGCGCGCGCUAUGCCACCAAGAAACAUCAUAUUCCUCCGGAUAUAGUCGACAAUCUUGACCAUAGUGGAGGUACUGCUUGGCAUCAUGGAGGACCCUACGAUGCCACCUUAUUUGCCCGGAACAACUCGGCCAACUCGCCUCUUGCCGCACUGGCUGAUUCCAAUGCCGAAGCUCUCAAAGCCACCCCAAGGGAGAGAAUCAUCGACAGUGUGGUGCGCCAUCGACCUCUCGACGGGGUCGCGGCUUAUCCCCCAGGCUAUCAGGACCCAAUGGGCAACGUGUAUCAUUAUGCGGAAGGCGACAACAUGAUGAUUGAAAAUAGUCCUGGAGGCGGCGCAUACAAACGAUGGCCCGGCGUUGAAUAUCUUCCCGAGGAUAUCAAAGGCAAGGGCGAGCCUAGCUACAGCAUCGAGAAAGGUUUGAAGGAGCAUUCGAUCAGUGACGACAAAGUCGGGAGUGAAGGCAUCGAAUUGGAGACCAGACACCGCAGCAGUAGCGGUGCCGUUCCCGCCGAUAGCUGGGAUGCUGGCCACAGCCAGGUGAGUCGAAGUGGAAGCAUCAGCAAAAGGCUGAGCGGCGGGUUGAGGAAGAGAUUGGGCAGUAUAAAGAGAAAAAGCCACCACGAAGAUUGA